AUGAUGAUUCGCCCUUUUACCCUAUUGUUUUGCAUUUUAAUUUUUGUUUCUUCCGGCCUCUCUUUCACGCCAUGCCCGCUUCUAGGGCCAGCAUUUCCUGAGUUCACCUUAGAUACGAGCUCUGAAGUCCUAACCUCCGCUCUCAAGGGUCUUACGGAGACGUUCGAUCAACUAGUCCUUGAAGGGAACGGAGAUCAUGGACAGAUCUUUCCUAACACUACUUCUUUCAGUUUAUCAUUGUUCUCCGUUAACGAAGGCAACGCAAGCGACCAGCCCUAUUUCUUUGAUUACCACUACACGGCGCCACCCUUGAAAUCUCACCCUGUGGGGAAAGAUAGCAUCUAUCUCAUCGGCGGUUUGACUAAGAUUUUCACCGUUUGGACUAUUCUAAUUGAAGCAGGAGACCGCAUCUGGAAUACCCCUGUAACAGAGUACAUCCCUGAACUAGCUGAUGUGGUGAACCGCCGCGAUGGAGAACAAGAUCCAGUUAGCUACGUUGACUGGGAGACCAUUACGGUUGGCCAGCUCGCAAGCCAUAUGGCCGGAAUUUCUAGAGGCUCUUCAAUGCCCAAUUUGAGCAAACAAGCUGCAUUCCCGUUCGCCGAUCUACCAGCUCUUCCUGCCUCUGAUAUUUCUCCCUGUAUCUCGGAAUUCUCAUGCAACCGAACUGAAUUCUUCGAGUAUAUUGUUCAACAACCUCCAGUGGCCCUCCCGGGAACUACACCUAUCUAUUCCAACGACGCAUUUCGAAUUCUGGGAUAUAUCGUGGAGUCCAUUUCUGGAAAGUCGUUUGCGUCUGUACUUAAUCAACGCAUUCUUGAGCCUCUCAAACUAGGAAAGACAAGUUUACUCUUAACCGAAGACCUGCCGCCAAGGGUACUCCCAGCGGAUACGAAUAGUCACGGAUGGAUGCAAGGCGGAGCAGAGGCAGCUGCAGUUUCAAUGCUCUCCACUGUUACUGAUCUCGCCGUUGCUGGGAAAUCUAUUCUGGCCGCAGCCCUCCUCUCCCGCGCCCAAACCAACCGCUGGCUGAAACCCGUUGCCCACACUUCAAACCCUGCAAAUUCGGUAGGGUAUCCAUGGGUUAUAUAUAGUGGGGGAGACUAUCCCAACACAUCGAUAAUAGACGUGUAUACAGCUCUUAGCAGCGUCGGCUUGUAUAGCUCAUAUAUCGGCCUUGUUCCCGACUUCAAUGUUGGAUUUACUAUCUUAGCUACAGAUAGUAACACGAGCCCAGAUCUCAAUGCCCAUACUGGCGUUAUCGGCGACAACCUGUUGCCAGCCUUGACUAAGAUUGCGGCCAUCCAAGCCAGCACAAAUUUUGGAGGAGUCUACUCCUCACCUACGGCAAACUCGUCCAUCACCGUUUCUGCGGAUAGCUCGCCAGGUCUAGUUAUUGAUACAUGGAUCAGCAACGCCACUGAUUUCCGGGCGACAUUGGCCGCCUUGAAUGGGAUUGAGAAGGUUGAUGCAUUGAGCAUACGGCUUUAUCCAACACAUCUUAUCUCCAAGCAAGCCUCUAUAUCGAGACAAGCCUUUAGAGCAGUAUUUCAGGACAAGAAUGAGUUCGCUGACUAUGGAACGGCUACCUGUGUAUCUUGGCUGAGUGUUGAUAGUUUGAAGUACGGAGAAGCGUCGCUUGAUCAGUUUAUAUUCGAGGUGGACACUGAUGGGAAAGCUCUGGUUAUUGAAAUACCAGCAUUACGGAUUAAGCUUGAAAAACAGGUAUAG